AGUUGAUCACUUUUCUACAGAGGUGGACGAGAAUCACGAGAUCGCUAAUGGUUUGCACGAGGAAAAUUUUGUUGGUGUUGAAGAAUUGCCUGAUCCUGUGAUGCAGAAUCGAGAUGAAGUUCGUCGCUUCUUCGCAACUGGCAACUGUCGCCUUCAAAGCGAAACCAAAGUAGUUUGCGUGAAUCCGACCAUGCUCGACCCAACAACUCUUCGAUGGGAAGUUCAUUUCUUAAAAUAACCCCUUUUGAUGGUUACCUUCCGCUAGCUAAAGAAGAGUUCGAGAUUUCGGCCAACGACAACUUGCUGGUCCGAUCGUGUCAGAAAAUACUCCAGAAAUUCGUUAUUUCUUAUCGAAGCCGUAUUAGUUCAAUCAAAAUUUCUGUUUACUUGGAGGAUUUCUUGGAGUUCUGCUACGCCAACGCAAAUCAGUUUGACGUCAUUGAUUGUAGUAAUCUUCCCGGCCCCAUUGGAUUAGCUAACGUUAUCAACUCUGCAACAUCAAGAUUAUCCGACAAUGAACUUUAUUCACUCAAUCUGUGAAAUGGAAGGAUGUAGGGGAUACAUUGGAGAAAUACGUCGAAGGAUCUCUUUGCGUCCCUUUGAACAUGGUCCCCACCAUUUAUGGAUUGCGAUUGGAUAAUCACGUCGAACUUGGAGCUUCAGCAAUUCUCAACUUGCGACGUCGAAGAACACAUCCGGUGAGCUUACGAUGGAAGAAAGCACCGUCCUUUCGGAACGUAUCAUUGGCUCCCUUUCCGUUGUUGGACCGUUGUUUGGAUCAAAUAGCAGACAAAUGUUUUGAUAUUUUACUCCCUCAUCGUAUGGUUAGGCCUCAACCCGGGGAUAAUUGUGGCAUGAUGCUGUACACUGCGCUAACGUAUGACUACAUUUUCAGCUCGAUGAUUCAACGCCUCGGAGGGGACAACUGGUUCAAUGAAGAACGAAGAUACGCAAAUUGGAUAUGUGGCUCAUUUGAUUUAGCGAAACGAACAACAAAAGCCUGGAAGAAUGGUCGACCACUUCUGAAGCUGACAGCCCAUGCCGAUAAACCCUUCCGUCCUCUUAAGGGAACUCCAGUGCUUCGUUUGAUUCUGAAUCGUUGUUCAGUGUUCAACGAAUCCAUGGCAUCCAAAGAUAAUUAUGAUCUGUCUGGCCCUGGGAACCAUAUGAUCGAUAACUUUCAGUUUGAAAUGAAGAAGAAUCGCGAUGGAAAGGAAAAGUGUCACUUUAGUUUUUAUUUGUUCCAGAUCACUGUUACUGGGCAAUCUCCAAUGAUGACUGUCAAAAACUGUAUCGAAUCUGAAGAUCAAUAUCUGCUGAGAAUAGAUAUUUCAUGCAGUGAUAACGUCUCUGGUCUGGCCGUGUCGACGAAUCCGAGAAAGCCAUGCGAGUCUGCUCACGAAAUCACCGUUUCACUUAGUCAACCGAUUGACUUGGAGCCUCUGAGUAUGACGUUUCCCUUUCCGAUCCUUAUUCAUGGUGUCCGCGCUACGCUCCACCACAAAGACCAUUUUAUUAAUUUAGUUUUGAAGAAAGCUGUCCUUGAGCCAUGGCCACAUGAGUAUCAAGCCAAGCAUACGAAAUGGAAUACUGACCGACUGAACCUCUUGGCUGAGAAACAAGUGAUGGUAGAAGAUGACAGCGGAAUUGCCCGUCCCUCUUUAUCUUCUUCUUGCAUGAACUCGUCGAUGCUUCAUCUUUUGUGCCAGUUUAAACUUCCUCAGGUUGAGGCGCCUUCGUUAUUGAAAAACAAACACUCCAUUGAGCCUAGUCCGUUGCAUCAUCAGAGGCAUUUUUCAACGUUUCACUUGCCUCAAAGCAGCUCGCACAAACUUCGUGCGAAUUUAUCUAAAAGGGUUGUCUGCCGAAAAUCCUGAUUGGUACCUCCGAGUGUACAAACCGAUUCGCACCUCUCCGGAGGGAAGCCCAAUGUUGAUCAUCUCUGCUUUUGACAGUUGAGGAUUUCACCAAUUACUUGGCCAAAGUACAACCUUCACUUUCACCGGGAGAAUACAGUCCUUGGCUAGCCACUUUCCUUUCUCCACUCUAUCUGGAUGAUAUAAAGGAUUUGGUCAACUUUCCAAGACCAGUCCGUCAAGAGUAUACUGUCAAAGUUCGCAUGGGCUUCAUCCCCGAUGAAUGGUUCCAGUUGUUCUGCUCCAAGACUGGAGUUACUGGACUGUACACCUUAGGAUUGGGUUUGGCUACCUAUUUGUGCAGCAAGGAAAUAGUUCUACAUCAUGGAACGUGAAUUCUACAUGGUCUGUCCAUUGCCAUCAUGAUUGUCUACCCUGUGAAGAAACUUGUUCCUGCCACAGUCAAAUUUCCUUGACGCUGAAGUUGCCAAAUCCGACGCUGAUCAGCUGAGAGUCUUCUGAGGCAGCAACAGCAGCAGCCGGACAAGAUGGCGAAAGAGACCAACCUGUCCGGCAAGGUUAAUUCCGGCUUAGCUGCGGCCGACGAGCAGUAGGACGAAGACAAGGCGCAAAUCGUUUUCUUCCUCUCGGAGACUACGGUGGUGAGCGCCGGAAGCCACCGGCCGGAUGCGCCCAACGAGGAUUCACCUGCCCUGGAAGAACGUGAAACCUGGGCCAAGAAAGCUGAAUUCCUUCUGGCCGUCAUUGGCUUUGCGGUCGAUCUUGGCAACGUCUGGCGAUUCCCUUACAUCAUCUGCUACAAAAACGGAGGAGGUGCGUUCCUCAUUCCCUAUGUCGUUGUGAUGGUCUUUGGCGGUCUGCCGCUAUUUUACAUGGAGCUGGCCCUGGGACAGUUUCACCGCAGCGGCUGCCUAACUUUCUGGAAGCGCAUCUGCCCGGCCCUGAAAGGUACAAAUCAUUGCCGUUUUGUCUUAUUUUGAUAACCAAAAACACGCGUGACUUGACUUGUGGUACACAACACGCAGGAGUGGGCUAAUACGCCAUUUGCAUCAUCGAUUUCUACAUGAGCAUGUACUAUAAUACCAUCAUCGGCUGGGCCGUCUACUAUUUCGUGGCUUCGUUCACGUCCGAGUUGCCCUGGACGUCGUGCGACCACCCGUGGAACACCAACAGUUGCGCACUUGUCGGACCCGUCGAUAACGGCACGUUCGUCCAAAGUCCCGCUCAGGAAUACUUUGAGCGGAACGUCUUGGAGAACUACCGGUCGGACGGGAUGGACGAUCUCGGACCAAUCAAAUGGUCGCUGGCCCUGUGCGUUUUUGUCCUGGUCUACUUCUCACUGUGGAAGGGAGUCCGAUCGACUGGCAAAAUUUCAGAGAACCACAUAUGAAGUGUGAACAUUGUUCAAGGAUGCAUAGCAGAUUCGGACUGCAACAUUUGGACUUCGAUCAUCCUUG